CCGUCUGCUAAGCUUGGUAUGUAAGCACCAUGUCAACUCUUUUACUUAUGUGAAUAACCUAUUCAAUUUUAUUUUAUAUAUUUUAAGUUCUUUGUUUUAAAAUGUUACGAAAAUUGAAAUUCAUUUUCUCAUUAACAUUCCUCAAUAGAAAAUUUAUUUUUUAAUUAUUAUUAUAAUCUUAGAAGGCGGAAGGUUCACGCCGUUCGCGGCUUCGUGCGGUUAUUUAUAGGUUAUGUUUUACAGGAUUUGAGUUCAGGCCGUGUAGAAGACGUAAACAAAUGUUAUGAUUAAAAAAACACGGUUAUUUUAUAAAUAAACAUAAUGGUUGUGUGUAAAUAUUUUCAACAAGGAAGCUGUCGCUUUGGACAGUAUUGCAGAUACGAGCAUAUUAAUAAUUAUGGUUCAAAUGCAAAUAGAUCGAAGGCCUAUGAUGGAAAGAAUAUUACUCUUCUUGUGGCCGAAGAUAUUCUUGCUGCAGAAAGAGGUGGACAAUGGUUAUUGUCAUGUUUUGGACCAUUCAAGGAACAACCAUGUAUUCCGGGAAUGUCAGAUCUUUCUCCAGAGGAAGUGCGUUGGGAAAUGUAUCAAGCAAAAGAAAAGGGCACUGUCGAGCAAGUUAAAAUACAAUUUCAACAACUCUGUCAAGAAAUGAAGGCGAAACGAGAUGCGCUUAAAAAUCCAACACCACAACUAGUAACAAUGUUGGAAAAUCUUCAGAAAAGCAAUCAAGAAACUGGAUUUGGUUCAACGCCGUCAAAAUCAAAUUUUUCGUUUGCAACACCACAAUUGGGAAAUACGACUUCAAAUUCUAAUGUUUUUGGAGGAAAAUCAUUUGGUACUUCCGGUAAUCCUUUUGGUGGUAAUUUCAGUUCAACUGGUGGCAAUUCAAUAUUCGGCGGAUCAACAACGACAAAUUCACAAUCUGUAUUUGGAUCAAAACCGGCAUUUGGCAGUAAUUCAGUAUUUGGAGCGACUCCAAGUAGUACAACAUCAAUAUUUGGUGGAUCAACGACACCAUCGUUUGCAGCACAAACAACACAAUCAUUUGGUACUUCGCAAAAUUCUUCAGUUUUUGGAGGAGGUGCCACCAGUGCUGGUGGUGCAGUUUUUGGUCAGGCUUCAGCAUUUGGAACAUCGCAAAAUAAUUCCUUUCUUCGACCGUCAACAGUUUCAACAACGUCAGUGUUUGGAAACAAUGCAACAAAUACAUUUGGCGGUUCAGCGCCACCAAGUUUUGGUAAUGCCGGCACUGCUUUUGGAAAUUCAGGAAAUAAUUUUGGAACAACAUCGUCGGCAGCGCCUGCUUUUGGAUCGACAACGACAACAUCAACUUUUGGUGGUGCUCCUGUUUUUGGUGGGACAAGUGCAUUUGGUGCCCCACAAUCGGGAUCUAUAUUUGGUGGUCAAUCUUUUGUAAAUACACCGGCGACGACAAAUAGUUUAUUUGUUGGUUCUACGACGAAUACUUUUAAUUCAACGGGGACGAAUAUUUUUGGCGGUGGAUCACAAGCGACAGCAUUUGGUGGUAAUUCUUUUGGUCAACCUACUGCCGUUAGUGGUGCACCUUUUGGUCAAACAACAAUGGCCGUUAGCUCGUCAUUUGGACAGGUGGCAAACGCUGAAAUACCAUUUGGACAGACAACAACUGCCGGUGGUACAAAUUUUGGACAAACGACUGCUUCUUCAGGUACACCAUUUGGACAGACGGGAGGCGCUGCUUUUGGUCAAACGACACCUUUUGCUUCGACCAGUGGACCAUUUUCAACAGCCACCACUGCUCCUUUCUCGCAAACAACACCAUUUGGACAAACAGUCACUGCUACCGAUAGUUCAUCAUCGGGAUUUGGAAUUCCAGUCACUGCACCGCCUCCAUUUGGAGCGCAGAUUAAUUUUGGAAAUGCAUCGUUUUCAAAUGCAAAUACAACAACAUUGACAACAGUUACGUCAAAUCCAUUUACAAGUGUCACAAGUGUGACUAGUUCUCCAUUUGGUAAUACACAACAAAACACCUAUGCCGAUGGUCCAUUUACAAAAUCCAUUGGCGGUGUUUUUUCAAUUGCGCCAAUUUUUGAUGAACUCACAUAUUCAGCAGAGGGAAUAUUGACCGACGAUCAAAAGAAUUGUUAUUUACAAGAGAAAUUCACAUUAGGCAAAAUACCACUUCAAGUACCAACUAAAGAACUCAGUUGAAGUAUAUUUGAAAGAAAUUUAACGAAUAAUUGGAUAAUACAAAAAAAGGAAAAAACGUUUGUUUAAACGAUUUUUUUUUAAAUUUACGUUUACAAACGUUUGUUUUUUCAAUUUUCUAAAAUAUGAAAAAAAAUUAAUUUUUUUUAUCAUCCAGCAUUAGUUGUUAAAUAAUUCAACAAAAAUAGUGAUAUUUGCCUCGUAAAAUAAUAUUUGUACAGUUAGUUAUGAUUUUUGUCACUUCUUUUUUUUCGAAAUUUAGUUUAAAUUAUUUGGAAAAAAAAAUAUUAAGCUUAUUUAAUGAAUAUUUAUAUAUAUAUUCAUCAUUCAUAAAUUUCUUUGAUUUAAAUGUAAAUAGUUUCUUUUGUUAGAGAAAAUAAAAAAAUUUUUAUUGAAUAAAAUAAUUUUUUCUUUUACUAUU